AUGGAGAAUUUUAAUCUUCAUAGUAUUAUAAAAAUGAACAGCACUGUGAGUUUACUCUUUGGGAUUUUUUUAACAGUAAUAGGAUCCAUAUUUAUGGCUAUAGCAAAUACAUUUAUGAAAUUAGGUUUGAGUGAUUCGAAAAAGAAAAAGUACAUGUUUACUAAUUAUUCUUGUGAUAUGAAAUGGUAUAUAGGAUUUAUUGUUUAUUGUUUUGGAUCCUUUUUACAUAUAAUUGCCCUAGGUUUUGCCCCUGCAAGUACAUUAGCCCCAAUGAAUUCAUUCGGUUUAAUAGCCAAUGCUAUUGUUGCUAAUAUAUAUUUAAAUGAGAAGUUAGGAAAAAUAGAAUUAAUAUCUACAUUUGGAAUAUUUUUUGGUAUUAGUAUAUGUGCAUGUGCUUCCUUUUUGUGUGAAACAGAAAAAGUUCAUUUUAAUCCUAUUCAUAUAAUAGAGAGUUGGAAAAAUCCUUGGUAUAUUUUUUAUAUUUUUGUUUCGAUAUUUCUAUCUUUUUUUACAUUAAUAUAUUUAAAUCAUGAAGAAAAUAAAAUCAUAUCAGAAAAUGAAGAAAUAUAUGCUGCAAAAAGAUAUGUUGAAUUAAAUGUAAUGGAUGAGAAAAAACAAGAAACUGAAGAUGAAAAUAUUAACUCAUUAAUAAAUAGUAAAACAUUAACUGAGGCUGCUAAUAUAUAUCCUAAAACUAUUGGUUUAGCAUAUGGAUUUUUAGCUGGAUUAAUUGGAUCACAAUGUGUUUUAGAAAUAAAAGAAAUUGUUGCCUUUUUACAUAUAGGUUUAAAUAACAAACAUAUAUAUAGAACACCUUUACCACACUUAUGUUUUGUAUUUCUUAUCAUUUCUAUCUAUUUACAAAUACAUUUCUUAAACUUAGGAUUAACCAGAGGUGAAGCAACCCUAGUCGUUCCAACAUAUUAUGUUUUUUGGACCUUUUUUGGAACAUUAGGUGGUCUAGUCAAAUUUAACGAAAUUGAAAAUUUCAAUUUUAAUUCUAUUCUAUUGUUUUUAGUAGGAUUUCUACUCACCGUUUUAUUUAUAUCGAUUUUAGCUGUUCAAGAAAUAACAUUCUUACGUAAAUAUGUAGAUAAAGAAGUACCAGAUUUACCACUGGAAAAUUUAGAUAUACAUACACAAGUAUUACAAAAUAAAAAAUUAUCAAAACAAGUUAUAUUAAAUAUGGGUUUAUUCCCUGUAUCGUUACUUGGAACAACUGUUGGAAGAAAAAAGUUUCGUCCAUUAUAUGAAAGAUUCAGAAGAACCAGAAGUAUUCUCUCAGAUACACAUAUUGGUGAUCAGCAUUGUGAAUAUUCUAUAGAUAAUAAUAUAUAUAAUGCAUAUACCCUACCUUACGAUAUAUACAAUACAAAUACAGACACAUUUAGUGCUAAAAAGAAGAAAUAUAGACACACUGAACCAAGAAUUGAAAAUACAUAUAUUUUUUAA